GCAGCGGGCUAUGGCCUGGAGAUGUCGAUUCCUGGUCUUCCUUACUUCUCAAUCUCAGCAAGCUGGGAACGCAGGGAACUGCCUUAUGGGCUCGGGCAUUGUCCUGCGUGGAAGCACUGACGGGGACUGGCUUGGCGACCUCACCUGUGUCCUCAUAUGUCCUGAACAUUUGUGCGCGAAACUCUGCGUGGCAGGAGGCUUUGGCUUUCUUCAAUUCUUCAGAGGAUGCAAGUACCUUGGCCUUCAACGCUGCCCUUGCAGCCUGCCAAGCCGGCAGAAAGUACGAGCUCGCGCGCGGUUUCUUCAGGCGCAUGUGUGCGCUUGGCCUGGCUAAUACCGCAAGCUUCAACAGUUUGCUGGGUGAUCGUCAGCGAGAUAUUGAGGCAGGCGACUGUGAGAUAGGGAACAUCACGCUAGGCUUUUCUGACUUUGCGGAGGUCUACGACGCAACCAUUGCAAAGCAUGGCAUCAGCGCCACGGACCUUGCUGGGAUUCAGAUCUACCGAGCAUUGCUGCAGUGGGGCAGGCAGGAUAGAACCAAGCCUCCCAGUCGCGUCCGCGCACCACUGGAAACCCUCUCGCCGGUCCGCAAUAGGGGCCUUGAGCAUUUUGGGAGCGCAACGGAGCCCACAACUGCUGCUUCAUGUGAUUGGCGUUUCAACCCUCCUGCUGAGCCUGCUGAGCCCGUAACAGGUCACCACCAAAAUGUGCUUCGGGCUACGCAUGCUGGCUCGCCCACGUCUGGCACAAGCGCUGGCCCGACUGCAUGUCCACAGACAAGGCCUUGCCGGACACAGCCAGAAUCUAACCACCAAGUGCCGCAGGUGGUUGAGCCUUGCACUGCGCAAGCGAGCCUGACUGCCACCGCUGAGCCAGUGGCAUUGGCGUUGGCUCCACAAGGUGGAACCCAGACGGGCCGAAGUGAAAGCCCUGGCCGGGACCUCGUUGACCUUCUCCCCACGGCAUCCGCUUUGGUCUCAACUUCGAUGCUCCCAUUCAGUGCCCCAACGCAGGCGACUCUGGAGACGAGGUCAGAUCUUGCCGAGCUGGUUGUCCUUGCCGACGCCUUCGCCUAUCGAAAGAACCUUGCCUGGGCAACGGGGGCAUGGCAGCAGGCAGUGCAUCACGAGCUGGCCAUGCGGAAGGAUCUCCAGAGAAAGCAGGCUCUGCGGCGCUGGCGCCUUCAGACGAUGUCGGCCAUGAGUUGCAGGGCCCUCCGCCUCCAGCAACAGGCCAACCUGCGUCGAAGACAGCUCCAGUCUGGCCUUAGCAAGUGGCGGCUUUGCCUGGCAGCCCGCCGUCGCUUUCGCGAAGUCUGCUCCAAGCUGCACGUGCAGCAGCGCCAGCGCUGCUUGACCUCCACUUAUGGCUGCUGGGUUGUGGUGGUGCAGACAGCGCAGCAGCUCUUGACUCAAGCAAGGGAUCAGGCGCGACAACGAUUGCUGCAGGUAUGCUGGGAGGCACUACGAGAGCAUACACAGCAAAGACAGCUCAUGAACUUGUACCGGAGCUGGGCUGAUGUGCAUUGGCUGCGCUCGCGGCUGGGUGCGGCCUGGCAGGCAACGGGGGCGUUUGGACUUCGGCCUCCGCGUUUUGUCACAGCGCGCAGCGUGCUGCGCAGUGCGGAGGCUUGGGUGCAGUGGCUCCGCAAGCGAGGUGGUGGCCAUGCGCAGUGCCCCGCAGCUGCUGGCCGCCUGGCGCUGGCUGCGAGUUCAUGCUGCUGCGCGCUCCGGGCAGAGAGCGAGGCCAAGCGUGCCCCACGGCGUGCCCAGCGCCGGCGCCGCCGCAUGGUCCGGGGGUGGUGGGCCCCCGCCACAGAGUUGUUCUAUGGCCCUGCAUUGUUCGAAGUCCAUCCGCACCAUGUCAAGGCUGUCCAGCACACGGUGCUACCUGGAUUCGUCAGCGCCCUCAUGCAAAAGAUGCUCGCCGACUGGCAAAUGCAGGCUCAGGCGACCUGCGGCUUCACCCGACGAGUCAACAUGAACACCCUGCGGCGGCACCUCAAAGGCUGGCAGGUCCAAGCGGAGCAGAGACAGCGAUGCCGGGCAUGCCAGCAAUCUGUGGUGGCAAGCAGAGUUGCGCGCGCUCGUUCACACGCUCUGCACAGCUGGAGGGCAAGGACCCAAGAGAAGGUGAGACACCGGCACAGAGCCCGCGAUUUUGCGGCGGCCUGCUGGUAUCGGCAUUGCAGAAGGGCAUUCCUGGCAUGGCAGACAGCGUGGAAAUGGGAGGCAGCCGUGGCACGGGCUCAGCACAGUGCCGGACAGCGACUGGUCUGCGAGGUUUUCAAGGUUUGGCUGGGCCAUUGGCACUACGAGCAUCAGGAGCUGGUCCUGCUGCGACUCUCGGGGCUCUUCCUGCGCAAGUGCAGCCUGAAGCGAGGAUUGAGGCAGCUACACCUCAACGUACGCCUGGAAGCUCGACAACGUGUUGUGUUGGAGGUGGAGGCUCACGUUCGGGAAGGCCUGCUCAGAAAACAGCGGCACUUGCAAGAGGCCACCUUUGCAGGAUGGGCCAGGCACGCUGAGAGUUGCAGGCUGAUGAAACUGCAGCGCGCAGCCUGCGAGCUGCUCCUGACGCAUGCGCCCUUUGACAUCCACCCACACCACAUGCAGGUCAUGCGACCUCAAGUGCUGGCGACUUUCACCCACGCCUUGCUGAAGAAGAUGGUUGCCGUCUGGGUUCUGGAGGUCCUCGAGAUCCGCAGCAUUCUUCGAGACACAGCAACACGCUUUUCUCGCAGAUGGCUGCUGGCUUGGAAGGCAGCAGCGGCAAAGCGCAGGAAACUGCGCAGUCUUCAGCAAGCAGUCAGAGCCUUUCGGAGCCGCCGGGCCUGCCGGAGAGCGCUUCUGCAGUGGAGGUGGAGGUGGGCGAAGCAAGCCCUUGUCUUCCAGAGAGCUCGCGACUUGUCGGCUGCAAGCUAUCAGCGAAGGCGCCGGAGGGCCUUGGAUGCUUGGCUGAUGGCCCGGCACUGU